CCGACUCCAUCCCGCAGGAGGAACGCUGCCUAUCUCUAGUUUAAGCAACAUGCUUCUAAAGAGCCUGAUCUUUACGAUAUGCAUUCAACAAUCUUUAACUUUAGACCAGUACUCCCUCCCAGAAUUACCUCCCGGGGAGGCGCCGGAACCAAUAGUGACCUUCAUGGAGAGGACAUACCGACCUGCCCGUAGUCGGACAGGAUUUGAUGCCGGUGAACCUUUACUCCUGACACCUUUGAUAGAAGCAAAAAAAAUUGAAGAAGCAAGACGCGCCGCUUAUGUUGACCCAGAUUCUGUGCUGCCCGGGAUGGACAGCUAUGCUGGUUAUUUGACUGUAAACAAAGAAUACAAUGCGAACCUCUGGUUUUGGUACUUCCCAGUAGCCGACAAAUCAGUCGAAGAAACUCCGUGGAUUAUUUGGCUUCAAGGCGGUCCAGGAGCAUCAUCACUGUACGGCCUUUUUACUGAAAUAGGACCUUUCAUUGUCAAUAACGAGAACCGUAUUGAAGAACUAAAAUAUUCGUGGGGCAAGAAUCAUUCACUGCUGUUUAUCGACAACCCCGUUGGUACUGGCUUUAGUUUUACUGAUGACGACCGCGGCUUCGCGACUAACCAGACAACGAUCGGAGAGAACCUCUACACAGCUCUACAACAGUUCCUGACGAUGUUCCCGGAAUUACGGAAAGCGCCUUUGACUAUAGCGGGUGAAUCGUACGCUGGGAAACAUAUUCCUUCGCUUGGCGUGCAAAUACUAUGGAACAGAUAUCAAGACGAGCCUAUUAAUUUAAAUGGUCUUGCAAUAGGAAAUGGGUUCAUUGACCCGCAGUCCUUGCAAAGAUACAGCUACUUCGUGCGCGAAGCCGGUCUCGUUGACGAUAAAGUUGCCAAUUCUAUGAACCAACUCGAGACAGCUGUCGUGCAGUUCAUAAGCUCCGGUGAAAUGUUAAAAGCUUAUGCUUACUACAACUACCUGUUACAAUUAUUUCUUUCGGAAUCAAGACUGAGUAACUUGUACAACUAUCUCCAAGAUGAUAUUAGUCUGGAUGGCGCGUAUCUCGACUACAUACAAAGGGACGAAGUGAGGCGCGCAUUACAUGUAGGAAAUACAAACUUUACGUCAAUUGGUGUCGUGUAUAGGAAACUGGUACCCGACUUCAUGGCUAGCGCGAAGCCUUGGGUCGAAGAACUGCUGGAAAAUUACAAAGUUAUGCUAUACAAUGGACAUUUAGAUAUCAUCGUUGCCUACCAUCCUUCAGUAAACACAUACGACUCUUUGUCAUUUUCUGGAACAUCAGAAUUCAGAAGUGCUAAGCGAAGACCUUGGUACCACAACGGAAACUUGGCUGGGUAUUUCAAAAUGGCCGGUAACCUGACAGAGGUAAUGAUCCGUGGAGCCGGACACAUGGUACCCGCUGACAAACCAGCAGCUAGUCUCGGUCUCAUAUCAGCCUUCGCCCGUGGUAUCUCUCUCCACGAAGACACUGGAAACCUUGUAGACGUCGAAAAAAAGUCGCGAAGUCAUCGGCAGCCCUAGAGAAAUCGACGAAGAGAAAUCUCUUGCAAACGACUAUUAUUUUGAAUAUACUUAAGUUAAUGGCUAUCGUUUAGUAUUUUUCGUGUAAAUACAUUUUUUAUAGACUAUGUAGUUUUCUUAAUAAAAAGGUCUAAAAGAAAU